AUGUCUGUCACCUCUGACGAGUCUGGAAAUGAUGCAGAAGAUGCGGAUGGCGCUAGUAUAGGCAUUACAACACGUCGACGAGUUCAAAAUGCGCAAUUUGAAGCUCUUCUUUACAAACGUGCUGAUCCGUCUUCUGAACCAAUUCAAGCCCCUGCCUCCUCCCUGCCUGAUGCACAACUGUCGACAGCACACCUUUUGGCGAGACACGAUGCAGAGACGGGGCAUCUGGACCCAAGGGAGUACCAAGUUGAGCUCUUCGAGAGAGCAAAGUCACGCAAUACAAUCGCAGUUCUGGACACCGGCUCUGGUAAAACAUUGAUCGCCGUUCUCUUGCUGAAACACACCAUACAAAAUGAGCUGGUGGAUCGUGGGACAGGGAAAGCCCAUCGAGUCUCUUUCUUCUUGGUGGAUAGUGUCACUCUGGUUUAUCAACAAGCUGCCGUCUUGCGUAACAAUCUAGAUCAGAACGUCGCGCAGUUCUUCGGGGCGAUGGGCACGGAUCUUUGGAGCAAACAGACUUGGGAAGAUCACCUCAAGAACAACAUGGUCAUCGUCUGUACUGCCCAGAUCCUGAACCAGUGUCUACUCAACUCGCACAUCAAGAUGGAGCAGAUCAAUUUGCUGAUUUUUGAUGAGGCCCACCAUACUAAGAAGGAACAUCCUUAUGCUAGGAUCAUCAAAGAUUCAUAUCUCAAAGAGAUACCUUCAAAACGGCCGAGAGUAUUUGGUAUGACUGCAUCACCGAUCGAUGCUAAGGGAGACGUCGUGGAAGCCGCUAGGAUGCUUGAGACACUGCUUGAUAGUCAGAUUGCAACCACCUCGAAGCUUACUUUGCUACGACAUGUUGUUCGGCGUCCCACCGAGAAAGUUUGGCAGUACGACAAAGUCGUGCCUCCCUUUGCGACUGCCCUCCACAAGCUUCUGAAGGAUCGCUAUGGCGAUAUCAGCUGCUUUGAAGGCAUCUUCAAAUUCUCAUGGAACGCUAGCUCUGAGCUGGGAAGAUGGUGCUCGGAUCGAAUUUGGACCCUGGCUUUAGCGGACGAUGUCUUACCGAAAUACGAAGGCAGCAUCAACAAGCUCUACUAUGACAAAGAUCCAGAACAGAAAUCCGAGAAAGCCUAUAAAGAUGUCUCUCGGAUCAAAGAAGCAAGCGAAUUCGUCAAGCAGCUCGCAUCGUCCGAUCCGCAUGGUGCAGAGGAGCUCAGCCCUAAGGUGCAGCUUCUCAAGCAAGAGAUUCAAAAGUAUUUUGAGAGGCCGACAGAGACAAAGUGUAUUGUCUUCACCCAGGAGCGCUAUACAGCCAAAAUUCUCUGCGAGCUCUUCACCCAGCUGAAGAUGCCGCAUCUGAAACCUGGAGUGCUUGUCGGCGUUCGUUCCUCGGACAUAGGAGGAAUGAAUACAACGUUUCGCCAACAGUUUCUCACAUUGAUCAGCUUCAGGAACGGUGACAUCAAUUGCUUGUUUGCAACUUCGGUCGCUGAAGAAGGCCUUGACAUCCCAGAUUGCAACCUGGUGGUUAGGUUUGACCUCUACCAUACCCUCAUACAAUAUGUACAAAGCCGGGGGAGGGCUAGACAUUAUAAUUCUACUUAUGCAACCAUCAUCGAGAAAAGCAACUCCGAGCAUACAUACCGACUGGAAGAAGUCCGUCGCGCGGAGGAUAUUAUGCAAAAGUUCUGCGAAUCCCUUCCUGAGGACCGGAUACUCCACGGAUACGACUAUGAUAUCGACUCAAUCAUCCACAAGGAUGGAGAGAAGAGAAUUUACCAAAUUCCAUCCACAGGCGCUAAACUGACUUACCACUCUGCGAUUGCCAUUCUUGCACGCUAUGCCAGUUCGUUGCAAUAUGAAAAGGAAACAUCGGCUCAAGUCACAUAUAUUGUUCUUCCAGCCAACAGUUCCUUUACCUGUGAGGUGAUACUCCCCGAGAAGUCUCCCAUCAGAGGACUCAUUGGAACCCCUGCGAUCAAGAAGUCGCUUGCUAAGCAGUCUGCCGCUUUUGAUACAUGUCUCUUGCUCCGGCAGCAUAGACUGCUGGAUGAUUAUUUUGCGUCGGUUUAUCAUAAGCGGCUGCCUGCUAUGAGAAAUGCCCGUCUGGCAAUUACUUCCAAGCAGAAGAACCAAUACGACAUGAUUACAAAACCGGAAUUCUGGAAACAACAUAGAGAGGUUGUUCCAGAGGUACUCUUCAUCACAGUUAUUUCCUUUAUUCCAACGAGGACCCCAGCAAGAGAGCACCAAAGUUUUGCACUGCUUACUAGAGAGAGGUUGCCACAUUGCCCUCAGUUCCCAAUCUUCCUUGAGGAUGAUAUUGAAACAAAUGUCAAAUUUCUACCCAUCCUGGACGCCCUGGCAGUUUCGACUGAUCAAUUAAAUGUUCUUACAACCUUCAGCCUUCGUGUAUUCCGGGAUGUAUUCCACAAGAUCUACGAUCGGAACACAGAAAAGAUGCCCUACUGGCUCUGCCCGGUGGUUGCUGAAGAUUGCUUUGAACCGGCAUCGAACCCAAAAGACGUGAUUGAUUGGCAUCUGCUCAUGUUUGUUCAAGACAACGACGCGGUAGAAUGGUCAUGUGGGAUGGCCACUGAGCUUCUGCAUAACCGAUUCGUUUAUGACCCAUGGGAUGGAAGGUAUCGAUACUUCACCCAGGUGGUAGAUCCUAACCUGCGUGCCUCAGACCCGCCGCCCUCCUUUGUACAGCGCCGGAGACACAUGGACAACAUCUUGAACUUCUGCACAAGUCUGUCUAAGAAUGGCCGGGCUCGGUUUAUGGCUACGUGUGAUUGGGAUCAGCCUGUCAUCCGUGCGGAACUGAUCCGACUGCGUCGAAAUCUCCUAGACAAAAUGACGGAUGCUGAGAAAGAUUUUGAAGCUAGAUCGGUGAUCUGUCCGGAACCAUUAAAGAUAUCCGCGAUUCCGGCCUCCCUCGCAGCUUCAUGUUUGGCAUUUCCUGCAAUAAUCAGCAGACUAGACUCCUACCUCAUUGCCGUCGAAGCCUGCGAUCAUUUGGGGCUGGUCAUCGAGCUUGAACAUGCCCUGGAAGCAUUGACCAAGGACUCUGACAAUACCGAGGAACAUAGGGGACAGCAGAUUCAUUUCCAGAGAGGGAUGGGGAAGAAUUACGAGCGCCUUGAGUUUCUGGGUGACUGUUUCCUCAAGAUGGCGACUUCUAUAGCACUGUUUUCACAGAACCCCGACGAUGACGAGUUUGACUACCAUGUCAACCGUAUGUGCCUUAUCUGCAACAAGAAUUUGUUCAACUCUGCAAUUGAAAAACGGCUAUACGAGUUCAUUCGAAGCCGCGGCUUUUCUAGACAUGCAUGGUAUCCAGAUGGCCUUACGCUGCUACAGGGCAAAGAUCACAGCAAGAAGACAUCUUCAGAGAGCAAGCAUGCACUGGCUGAGAAGACUAUUGCAGACGUCUGCGAGGCCUUGAUUGGGGCUUCUCUACUCUCGGGUGGUCCCCAGCACCGCUUUGAUAUGGCCGUGAAAGCAGUUAGCACGUUUGUGGGCAGUGCAAGCCACAAAGUCACUUCUUGGCAUGAAUACUAUGAACUAUACUCCUUGCCAAAAUAUCAGACCCAAGGAGCCGACGGAUUUGAGCUCGAUCUUGCGCAGAAGGUGGAGGAAAAACUUGGGUACCGGUUCGCCUACCCUAGACUUCUCCGGUCAGCAUUUACACACCCGUCGUAUCCCUCCGCUUGGGCCAAGGUGCCGUGCUACCAGAGAUUGGAGUUUCUGGGGGACUCUCUCCUUGACAUGGUUUGCGUUGAAGAUCUUUACCAUAGGUUUCCGGACCGCGAUCCACAGUGGUUGACGGAGCACAAGAUGGCCAUGGUAUCCAACAAGUUCCUCGGCUACCUUGCCGUGAAACUUCAACUGCACACUCAUCUGCAACAUUUCAGCAACCCUCUUCAGUCGCAGAUUACCCACUAUGCAGAAGACAUCCAGACCGCCGAGAUCGAACAUAAGCAGGCAGUGGAUUUCUGGGUGGUUACCAAGGAUCCACCGAAGUGUUUGCCCGAUAUGGUGGAAGCCUUCCUUGGUGCGGCCUUUGUGGAUUCCAACUUUAACUUCCAAGUUGUCGAAGACUUUUUCCACAGACAUAUCAAGGUGCACUUCGAGGACAUGUCCAUCUACGACACGUUUGCUAACAAGCACCCAACGACAUUCCUCCAUAACCGGCUGACAAACGAGUAUAACUGCACCAACUACUGCUUGAAGUCAGGCGAAAUCCCGGGCAUUGACGGACUGCCCCCGACAAUAUUGGCCGCUGUGAUUGUGCACGACACCGUUGUCGCCGAGGGAACCGCAUCCUCUGGACGGUACGCCAAGGUCAAAGCCAGCGAAAACGCCCUCUCCGUGCUCGAGGGUCUCCCUGCCUUCGAGUUCCGCAACAAGUACCACUGCAACUGCCAGGAGACGGACUCCAAGGCCCCAGAGAUCGGAACUGCCAUCUAGGUGUCUUUUGAUUGACUGCCGUGUUUCAUACCUCAGCAUGCAGCCAUAUCUCUCCAUAGAAAGCGACCAAUUAGUUGUCCUUUGUUUUUUCGUACGGCGUUUAGAGAAAGCACUCGCCUAGGU